AUGGCCAACUGCUCAAACACUUGGGCUGAAAAGCCCAUCGUCCCAGAGAAAGAAGUCUUAGAUAAUCCAGUUUUGAACGUCACAGAAGAAAUCAAAGGAAGCAUACUCACGAAUUGGGUUAGUCCCAACGAUUUGACCCCGUACAUCGAAUCAACAUCUUCCUCCACAACCUACAUCUCGGAAAACGGCUUCCCCUCACAAAACAUUUCAACGGAGGAUAAUUUUAACAACGUCCAAGAUGAAGAUUGGGCCAACACCCUCGAAACAUGUCUGAACAGACCAAUCGACGCAAACUUUAACCAGUUUUACGAUUACCCAGAAAGACAAUCAAGAGGAAGCUUCGAAGAACAACUGAAUAACUAUUUUAACGAAAACAUUGAUGGAAUUCAUAGCGAUUUUAAAGGAACCUUGGACGAUAUUGAUUUUAAGCUCAUGACCUCCAUCGAAGAUAUCGACUCGACGCAUACGAAUAUUGACGUUGACCCGAAUCUAAUCAACAACAUUGACAUCGAGUCGAAGCUCCUGAAUCCACACGAAAUAGAAUCAAAGCUUGUAAGGAACCUGAAGAGACAAGAUGAUUUAAUUGUGCAGAAAACUGUUUUGAAUGGUUGCAAAAUGCCCAACUACGGAGAAUCAUUAAGGGUUAACGAACGUAAGGCGGUUUUUAGGGGAUCAAAUGAAAAUAACUUACCAAAUGGCCAUAAUUUCUCUGCUCCAGGUGGAAUUCAUCAUGAACAAUACCAGAAUUUUGGUGGACUUGACCAACAAUCGAUAAAUAAUACCACCGCAAGUCAACUUCCAGGCCAAUCCAUUACCAAUGAAAACCUAAGAGCCCUAGCAAACGAGAACAUUGACAACGUUACGGACACAGUCAGUGAUUUGAUUAACGAUUCAAUGAGUGAUAGCAUCACUGAUACGAUAAGUGAUAUGGGAAGUGUAACGAACGUCAAUACGCAGUUAAAGGGUAAUGGAAGUAACUGUGAGAACAAUCAUAGUAUUAACGCAACUUACGGUGGUUAUAGAUAUCCAGGAUCCUUAAACUCGAACAAUGCUCCUUCAAUUGGUCAAAAUUACCCGAAUUCGAUUAACUGCUCAAUGGCUUCAAAAGACCAAGCGAACCAGCUGGCUGGAUCAUUUCUAGGGGAUAUAUUCCAUCAAAGCGAGUUGAAUGGCUUAUCAGAAGUGGCUAACGAUUCCUACAAGGACCGAACUGAAUCUCUCAGCUACUUCAAUAAAGACAUGAUCAACUCAAUCAACGAGUCCUACUACAAAACCCUCAACAACAAUGUUGAAAUCGACUAUAUCUUUAACAAUAUGGACUCCCUAUCAAGAAUCGAUAAUCUCCUGACAAAAGAUAUUACUGAUUUCGGCAUUGCGUCCAAAGAAUUGGGACUAGGAAACGGACUCGGCCUUGACCUUAUCUCAGAUUUCAAUUCGGAUACGAUAUCCAACGACCUCUUGAAUAAUGAUGCACUUUUCUCUGAAAUCUAUAGAGAUAAUGACAUUGACCAGUCCGAAGGUUGGGAAACCUUAAUGAAGAGACUAUGCAUUUCCAAACCAAUCAAGGCAUAUCCGAAUCUACAAACUGACGGCAUUAACCCCCUAAUGAAUGAUAAUUUCAAUUCCAUUAUUAAUGGUAAUGUUAACUGUGUUGGACCAACGCACCUGAAUGGAAAUAUCGUCAACCUCAAUGUUGGAAAUUGCAAUGGAAUCAAUACCAGCAUUGUAAAUGGAAACAGUGCGGGUAUUGAUUCGGGGAACGAACCAAAUAAUUCAGGAAUACCAGUAAAGAACAAAGAUAACCUGCCAACCAUUCUCCCCGCAGACCCAAACCUAGGUUUUAAGAAGACAUCAUUAUGCAAAUACUGGCAAAGAGGAAUUUGCGCUAAUGAUGACUGCAACUUUGCACACGGAAAGAAGGAGCUUAGAUCCACCAUUGGAGUCUGGAGAACAACCAUCUGCCACCAUUGGAAAACAGGAGUAUGCCGAGUUGGAAAAGACUGCAGACACGCUCACGGUGAGGAAGAGUUACAGCCCAAGAACAUCCCAGCCAACGUUUUGAAAAACAAACUCCUGAACUCUGCCAGGAAAUAUGAGUACAUGAGAAAGAAGAAAAGCACCUUUUAA